GUCUCCCAGGGCAGGGUCCCCCAGGGUAGGCACGUCCUACCCCACACAGGAUCCGGCCCUUGCUCCGCAGGUGUCUGCAUCUCCGGGAUCAGGCCCCUAGUCACAGUGUGGGACCACCCUUGGCCCCUCUUACUUGACUCCUUUGCUGGUUGGGAAACUGUUCAGCCACUGGGUGCAUCUUAGCGACAGUCCAGGAGAACACCCUGGGCUCCAGAGAGUGUGCUGGUGACUUGCGUACCAGAGCACCCAGCCCAGCCAGCUAGUGGCAACCAGAGGCAUUUAAGUGCUCCCACCGACAGGAUCUCAGCUGCUAUCCACAACAGCCUUGCUGAGGGGUGAGCAGAGCUAGUAUAAAUUACCUGUCCUUACAAAAGAGAAAACAGAGGCUCUGAACUCCCUGAGGGUUUAGGCAGGAAAGUAGGAAGCAGAACUCAGUUCUCCUCCCUCAGUGCCAGGCAUGUCUGCAUUUUCCACUUAUCAGCCGCGUGAUCUAGGCUCAUGUGUGUUAUGGGGUUUUGAAGUGAUUGUCUGUAGAAGCAUUUUUAAGAUAGGUAAUAAUUAUUUUUGGUGCGUGUAGUAUAUUUGUGUUUUUUCAAAAGUACAGUAUAUCAGAGGGUCUUGAUUCAAGCUUUCAGUUUGUUAAUAAUUACACUGACGUUAGAGUGUUACAAUAGAAUAUAUUUCCUUCCCCAUGAAAACGAAUAAGGUACCGCAAGUAAAUAAACUGUAAAUAGUAUGGCCCGUUUGCAAUGAGCAUGACUUUUUGAAAGCCUGAAACUUUAAGGUCUGGCUUUUUAAAUGUCUGCACGUAAGUUUUUUAUUUGUUUUGUUUUGUUUUAUUUUACCUUGUGCCAUGCGGCUUGCAGGAUCUUAGUUCCCUGACCAGGGAUCGAACCUGGGCCCAUGGUGGUGAAAGCACAGAGUCCUAACCACUGGACUGCCAGGGAAUUCCCUAAAUGUCUGCACUUUAAGAAGUGAUAUGUAUUCUGGAAGGUCUGGUCCAGAAUUUUAAAAUUGCCAACUUGGGUGCACCAGUCAGCUGAAUAGACAGGAUUAUAACUCACCUUGUUUUUAAAACUGAAUUCAUGAAGGCCGCUCUCGGACGUCUACCCCUCCUCUCUCCCUCCUGCUUUCUCUGCUGCUGUCUUUUUUUGUUGUUAUGGCUGUUAACAUCUUGACUAAUUUAUUUGAAAACAUGCUCUGAAAACAGCCUCUCCGAGGUACAAGUGUACCUUCCCUGCUCUGUUCUCCACCUCCAGGCUUCAGAGUGAGUGAAGUUCCUCUAAGAUCCGUUACCUAAGCGGACUCUCUGGCACUAAGCAUUUGGUAGCGGUGGAACGAGGGCUGUAGAAAUCAGACCACGUUAACACGAUGCGUCUGCCUGUUUGGUACAAGGCUGGUCCUGAGGCUCCUUUGGUUGACUGGUUGGGCCUCACUGCUGUCCUUGGUUUAUAAGAGGGUGAUGCAGGGUUGGAGCUGGGAGACCCAAACCCAGAGGCCUCUGGUGGCUGCUGUUGGAAGCUGACCUUUACCACGUGGCGUGGUGUUUCUGGAACAGGAGCUGACUGUUGGUGUCAGCAGGCGUCUUGGCAUCCAAGGUAUGAAGGAGCAGUGUAAUUUCGAUCAACCACUUUCUUCUUCGGUGCCAAGGACGUGGUGCAGCUGAAUUCUCGACUGCCAGAGAAUUUUGUAAUAAGGCUGAUGAGAUGUCCUCGGUAUCUUGUUGGGCUCCCGGGGGCCGCGACUCACUUCCUGGCUGCGCGGGCUGCCGCCUUCUUCCCGGAACCCUGAGUGUGGGCACUGGGGGCCCCAGGCCCCUUCUUCACAUUGCUCACCUCCUGUGUACACACAUUCAGGGUGACCGAGGCUCAGAGGCAGCAGUGACACAGGCCACCUCUGUGCCUGGCUCCCCAAGGACGGUGGGGUUAUGUGCAGCUUGGAGGGAAAAGGCAGGGCGCGAGCAGUUCCAUGGCCUGGGCUCCAUGUACUGCCGGGGGGCGGCCGCCGUCAUCCUCACCUACGACGUGAACCAUGCCCAGAGCCUCCUGGAGCUGGAGGACAGGUUCUUGGGCCUGACGGACACGGCCAGCGCCGACUGCCUCUUCGCCAUCGUGGGAAACAAGGUGGACCUGAGUGAGGAGGGGCCCGGGGAGGGCGGCCAGGAAGGAGGGCAGGGCCCUGGGCUGGCUGGCGGCGGCGGCUGUGCAGCCCCCAGGCUACCGAAGCAGGUGCAGCCGGAGGACGCGAUGGCCUUUUACAAAAAGAUCCUCAAGUACAAGAUGCUGGAUGAAAAGGACGUGCCGGCCGCGGAACAGAUGUGCUUCGAGACCAGCGCCAAGACCGGGCACAACGUGGAUCUGCUGUUCGAAACCCUGUUCGACAUGGUGGUGCCCGUGAUCCUGCAGCAGAGGGCCCAGGGGCCGCCGCAGACCGUGGACAUCACCAGCUCCAGGCCGCCCGCACGGACCAGAUCUGGGUGCUGCGCCUGACGUGCCCAGGCCCGGCCCCCCAGGGUGCACGGACGGUCAGAGGAGAAGAUCGGGGCUCACUUUGUAGAACUGCACUCGGAGGAGGAGACCGGGUGGAAAUGCCAGCCAGUAAUGAAGGUCCCCGUGACUGGUCCCCCACGUACAUCGCUGCCCUGGGAGGUGGGGAGUGGACGAACUGUCCAGGGGAGCCGCCUGCAGAGCCGGGCUCCCAGAGACCGCCGUCCCCUGGCUGCCCCGUCUUCACACCUGGCCUCUGACGGAAGGUUUUCGGCUAUCUCGGCACUUGUGUGACUUUCAAACGUUUCUGCUCACUGUGAUUUAUCUUCGGUCCUACCAUUCGGUACUUGUACCCUGAUGCAUUGUAAUGAUUCUCGAUAAAUGUUAAUUUAUACAAAAUCAGGAAUCAAUGUUUUUUAUAUCGGUUGCAGCAUUGUGAGCCACACGUAUUAUUAAAAAGGAUUUUGAGAAGAA